GAGCUCAAGCAGUUUCAGUUCAGCGUCUCGUGCUUCUCUCGACCCACCAUCAUCGCCCACACCCAGCUGCGGCGGCGACAACCAGUUGCACUUUCCCGGAGAUUCUAGCAGUUCCGUUUAACGAAGAAAUCGGUUGAGGUAGGAAUAGUUAGGAAUGACUUAGUGAAGAGGUAAUAAAAAUAAAUGUUAUCAAAAUCGUAGUCGGAUUAGAGCUUUGAGAACUCGGAUAUUUCUAAUUUUAAAGUUGUGUUGUAAAUCUGAAGUACUAAUUCUCCCUUUAUGUGUGUAAUUGCUAUGUUUUAUAAUGGAGGGGGGUUGGCCCACGGUCAGUAAUUCUGAUUACGGGUCUGCGUAUCGUUGGUAAUACACAAGUUAAAUACGUGUCUAUGUGGCGUUAAACGUAUCAGUAGGCUAAAGAAGUUUAUUGCAGAGAUACGUAUAUUAUUAUAAAUGUUUUUACUAAUGUUGUGAGCGAAGCUAAAUAAUUUUAUAAUACGAAAAAUUUUAUUGGCCGGUACUUAACAAAUUACCCAUUUGGCGACAGGUAGCCAUUUAUAAACAGUCUUACAAGACUUAAAAAUGUGUAUAAAUAUUGAAAAUUUAAAAUGCGAUAUUGAUAAUUAAAGUUUGCUAUUUUACCCUAAAAUUAAAGUUGAAAGAUGAAAGAUUGUUCUGACAUUGGACUCGCCAUACUUAAUCUAUUUAAUUGUACCUAAAAUAUCUUUUAUUGGGUCACUUUGUAGUUAUAUCUCCUUAGAAUUACAAUUUCUAGUGAUAUCCGACUUUCGUGCUUAUUUUGUAUACCUAAUUGCAUAUAUUCCUACCACAUUGCUUUUUCACCCUCACUUGGUUAUAAGUAGGCGACUCAAUAACAAUGGUAUAAUUUUAUUAUAUUGAUUAUAGUCAAUUUAUUUGGCCAAAAUAAUCCCUUCUACCACGAACUCGAAGAGUAAUGGUAAUUAACCCCUUUUUUUUUAGUUGACGAUAAUUUUAAACAAAGAGUCGAUUAUGUGAUAUUCUGUCUACAUUUUUUGUAUAAUAGUGACAAUAUUAUUUUUAAUAUACCAUUGUUAUUGGGGAGGAAUAUGAGUUUAUGCAUUUCUUUACUGUAACUGUGAUAUGUUGUAGUAAUUGUGGUCCCACGAGCUUGAUAAUUAAUAAAAAUGCAAACAUAAAAUAGCACAGAUAAUUAAAAUUUGUCAAAUAUUAACGCCGUACAUUCCAAUUUCAAAUUAUGAAAUUGUUUCCAUGUGUUCUCAUUUGUUUUAAGUCUAAUUGGAUAUUUUUUACAUUCGAGUGUCAAAAUCGUUUUCAGAAGCGAGUGACUUGAAUAGCUUCCGUCAAGUGUCUUCCUAAUUGGAUAUUGAUAUGCCUUUAUUAUUUAUGUAUUUAUUUUAACUUAUUGCACUACAUACUACAAGAAACAUAUCAAAUGACGUCAUAGUUUUGUAUGCACAUUUUAGAAAUAUGACAAAGAUUUUUUUCUGCACAUAUUAGUAUUAGUAUUAAUUUUGUAGACACAAGGUUAUUAAUUCUGUAUUUUCUGUUAAAUUAGCAAUUCAUCACAUUGUUAUAUUUGAAUUCUACAAAAUUUUACCCAAGCACUUUACUUAAACAUGCAUACAGCCAAUUUAUAUGUUAGAUGGAAAA